UAAUAGCUAUCCGGAAGUGACGCCACCGGGUCUCGCGCUUUGGGUGUCAAGUCGAGCGUCUUACCCGCUGCACAGGCUCUGGUGUGAAUCCACUGUAGUUGUGUUUGCGAUGGCGAUGAAGCUGGCUUACUGGGAUAUUAGAGGGCUUGCUCAGCCCAUUCGCUUGCUGUUGGAGUACACUGGCACCGAAUGGGAGGAUAAAUUCUAUUCCUGUGGUGACGCUCCCAAUUAUGAUAAAAGCUGCUGGUUUGAUGAGAAAGCCACUCUUAAAAUGGACUUUCCUAAUCUGCCCUACCUUGAGGAUGGAGAGAGGAAGAUUGUGCAGAGUAACGCCAUACUGAGAUACAUCGCCCGCAAACACAACCUCUGUGGGGAAACAGAGGACGAGAAGAUCAGAGUGGACAUCAUGGAGAAUCAGGCAAUGGACUUCCGCAAUGGUUUUGUCAUGCUUUGUUAUCUAGAUUUUGAUAACAAAAAGCAAGGCUACUUGGAUGCACUGCCAGGAAUUCUGAAGCAAUUCUCUGACUUUUUGGGGGAGAGAAAGUGGUUUGCUGGGGAUAAGAUCACAUUUGUGGACUUCAUCAUGUAUGAAUUGUUGGACCAGCACCGCAUGUUUGAGCCCAAAUGCCUGGACAACUUCAAGAACCUCAGAGAUUUCCUGGACAGAUUUGAGGCGCUUGAGAAGAUAUCAGCAUACAUGAAAUCAAGCAGGUUCAUGAAAACACCUGUAAACAACAAGAUGGCAAAGUGGGGAAACAAGAAGGAAUGAAGACAGUAACACUUUUUUGUGAUGGUACUCUGAAGUACUGCUACUGUAGGUGAUGUUAAUGGAGUUUUUGCCAAGCGAUGUUAAAUCACCUUUAAAAGCCUUAAAAUGCAUAACAUAGCAAAUAGUUUAAAUAAACUAAAGAUAUGAAUAAAGACACAAGCACAGCACUUAUAAUUAAAUUCGAGUUGUUUAAAGCAGGAAAAAAGAUGACUUGUUUUUGUUCCUUUUGUUCAAUACUCUAAAAGAUGGACACAUUGUGCUCCUUUCUUAUUUUUACUCGAUAAAAACUGGAAGAUUUUUGUUCAUUGCCAUUUGACACAUGACACUUCUCUACUCUGCUUUAAAUAAAGAAAUAGGAAGCAUA